ACCGGGCCGGGCUGGGCUGGGCCAGGCCUUGGGCUGCAGGCAGUGUCGGCGAUUGUAAAAGAUGCGGCCGGACACUCGGCUGAACCCUGCCUUCAUCACCCUGACUGUCGGACUCGGACUGGCGGCGGCUAGCGGGCAGCCGGCAGCUGGGCUGCCAGGCGAGGAUCUGACCACCCUGUACUGGUUGGGAUCUGGGCUCCGCCGACACGUCGUCUCUGUGGAGGGCCAGGCGCGAUGCCCUGAUUCCGGUGUGUUGGCAUUGUCUGUCGAUGGCAGGGAGCUGGUCCUGGAUAUCACGCGUAAUCAGAGGCUGCUCACAGAUGGUUACACAGAGACGCAUUAUCAUCUGGAUGGCAGUCGGGUUACCAUCAGUCCGAACCGCACGGAUCACUGCCUGUACCAUGGACUUAUCCGUGGCUAUCGGCACUCCUGGCUUGCCCUCAGCCUGCGCUACGGUGUCCGUGGGAUUGUUGCCAUGGAUACCACUGAUGGUUUUUACCUACAACCAAUCAGCGAUAAUCUACACCGGGUGACCCGGAUGGGGAGCCUGACUAUUGGCCACGGCCGGUGUGGACGGGGCGAUGACAGGUGGACAGACAGGGUCUUGAUGGGACGCCUGGUGCAGCACUUACACAGGGUCCGGCGCGAUUCCUGGGACACAGAGAAAUUCAUGGAAAUCUAUAUUGUAGCCGACCAUGCAGAGUUCCAGAGCCAGGACCGUGACCUGGGGAAAACCAAGGACAGAAUCCUGGAGAUUGCAAACUAUGUGGAUAAGUUUUACAGAAGUCUUAAUAUUCGGAUCGCACUGAUCGGGCUGGAAGUGUGGACCCACAGGGACCAGAUCACCAUCAGCACAGACCCCAAUGCCGUGCUCUCCGCCUUCCUGAAGUGGAGGCAGCAGCUUUGGGCGCGGAUGCAACACGACAACGCCCAGCUCAUCACAGGUGUGACAUUCCGGGGAACGACCAUCGGGAUGGCACCAUUGGAGGGGAUGUGCUCGCUGGAUACCUCUGGGGGCGUCAGCAUGGAUCACUCGGAACCAGCCAUUGGAGCAGCCUCCACUAUGGCCCAUGAGAUCGGCCACAACCUGGGACUGGCCCACGACGGUGUCGGCUGCUGCACGCAGGCCUCGGCCGAGCAGGGGGGCUGCAUCAUGGCAGCUGCCACAGGACACCCGUUCCCGAGGGUCUUCAGCUCCUGUAGCCAUUCGGACCUACGGUUUUACCUUCAGCGUGGAGGAGGUGUGUGCUUGUACAACCGGCCGGAUAUGGAGAGACUGUACGGAGCUCAACGCUGUGGCAAUGGCUACCUCGAGGCUGACGAAGAGUGCGACUGUGGGGAGGUGCAGGAGUGUGUGAACCCGUGUUGUAACGCCAAUAACUGUACCCUUACUCCAGGUGCCCAGUGUGCACACGGAGUCUGCUGCAGCCAGUGUAAGUUAAAGUUAGCCGGGACGGUGUGCCGCAGGGCUGCAGGAUCGUGUGACCUCCCCGAAUACUGCACAGGAGCGUCGGCAUUCUGUCCUUCCAAUGUUUACCGAGCAGACGGCUCCAGCUGUGAGCACGGCCACGCCUACUGUUACAACGGAAUGUGCCAGUCUCACCAGGAGCAGUGCCAGAUGCUUUGGGGCUCAGGUGCCCAGCCCGCCCCACCAGCCUGCUUCGAAGCUGUUAACGCUGCUGGUAACGAGUACGGCAACUGUGGCAAGCACGGGAAUGGGACUUUUAUUAAGUGUUCCAGUAGUGACGCCCUGUGCGGCAAAAUCCAGUGCCUUAGUGUGGCGGAAAACCCGCAGGAGCGCAACACCGUGCCCAUCGACACCACCAUUCUCCACCGUGGCAGGGAGGUGAGAUGCCGGGGCACCUACCUGUACUCUGCCCAGGAUGGAGGGGACGAAGCUGACCCUGGCCUAGUGAGGACAGGCACCAAGUGUGGCAAUGGUAAGAAGCACGGCUCCAGGACAACAUGUGACGCACUUCAAUCUUCAGGCCAUGACACACGGGGAAAUGGACUUGUUGCCAAGUCUGCAGAUGAUAAAAAGAUUGGUGGAGGGGUAUGCUUGCAAUACCGAUGUCAAAAUGCCUCUUUCCCUCACCUUGCUGCCUGUGAGGAGAAGUGCCAUCAUCACGGGGUGUGUAACAGCAAUGGGAACUGCCACUGUGAUCCGCACUGGGCUCCACCGUUCUGUGAUAAACCUGGCCUUGGAGGCAGCAUCGAUAGUGGACCUGUACACACAGACAGUUACCGUUUGCUGGUGUUGGGAUUACUCCUGACCUUCCUGCUUGUCCCAGCUCUUGUAACGGCUGCCCUCUGCUAUCGGAAACACCAGGAGCGACUCUGUGGCCAGAUCGGCUUUGUCCCACCUUUCACACGCAGGGGUGUGGGGUACCCUCCCCCUGAACACACAACCAUUCCACUGAGGGAACUGCGGCUAAGUAAAGCCCCAAGCAAGCCAGUGCCAUGUCAUCCUCCACCUCCACCUGGUUUUCCGGUUCUGUCUCGUCUGAUACCUCCAUCUCGUCCUCCACCUCCGUCUGGUUCUGCAGCUCCAUCUGGUUCUCCGGCUCUGUCUCGUCUGAUACCUCCUUCUCGUCCUCCACCUCCGUCUGGUUCUCCACCUCCGUCUGGUUCUCCAGCUCCGUCUCGUCCUCCACCUCUGUCUGGUUCUCCAGCUCCGUCUCGUCCUCCACCUCCGUCUUGGUGUGGUCUACGUCAAUUACAGCUGGUCAAUGUGGUCCAGCCGAUGCUGGCUGUGGACACCAGAGUGGAUGCUGGGAAGAGGGAACACCGACAGAGGGUGACCCGCAGCACCGGUGUAUCAGCACAGGACCCCGUAUCCCAGUACUCAGCUUUGCCCACAGCGGCUGUCACCUUCUCCUGCUCUGUACUCAGAACCACUCCAGAUGUCAGCCACGGGAAAGUGAACAUCAGGCGCUGAAGUCUCUUGGAUCUACUGUCAGAGCCUCCCAUUACCACCAGCAGGCCGAAUGUACUUCACUGGCUGCAGCAAAGGGACACAACUCCUUGCUGGGGACAUGGUGUGCACGGAGCUCUUCACCAAGGACAUACGGUGUGGUGAGAGCUCCAAACUGGGUUCACAGGGUGUUGGUUCAGCUCCAAGCUGGAGACACAGGGUGUAGCUACAGCUCUGUGUGGGAACAUUGACAGGGGGUGUUGACAGGGGGGGCUCUGGACA